AUGACUUUGAGGUUCCAAGACAAGGAGUAUGGCUGGGUUCUCAAGCUCCAUCAAGUCAGAGGGCAUGAGUGGGACGAGAUAGUCUGGGACAACAAGAACUGGAAGAUUGGCAUUGCCCCCGACUGUGAAGUUGUGCUGAUCAAGAACCAGACCACUGUCAGGUGCGGGAAGCCGUUCGUCCAGCAUGACCGAGACCUCAGGUCUUCUGAGGCUGCGCUGUGCCACUGGCUUGGCGAGCAGCUCAAGAGUGAUGGCUGGUCGGACAGGAUCAUUGAGGAGUGUGUUCUUGGCAUCCAGUGCUUCUUCCUGUCCCUACCUCUUCCAUAUGUCGAGGAGAGAGCUUCAGCACUCAUGGGCCCUGACGCUCAUCAGCUUCCGUUCUUGGAAGCAAUGGCAACCGACUUUGGCGGACAGGGUGUGUUGUGGAGCAUGCCAGCCAUCAUGGUCGGCUCAGGCUGGUUUGGGCUCUCGUAUGAGGUACAGGAAGGGCUCCGGAGCUAUGACCCCAGUGGACGCUGGAAAGACAUCAGCGGCAUAUUCAGGUUCCAGGAGUUCCACGACAUCGUCUACCUGCAAGCUGCCGACUACUGGAAGUUCUUCGAUGCCUGCCUCUGCAAGACGUCCUUGGACACAGUAGAAGCGAUCCUGACAGCCGCUUGCCAAAUAGGGAAAUCCCUCCUGACAGGGGAGAUCACCUACAUAGCAGGCACCUGUAAGGUUGCGACAGUCGUUGGACUCUACCGCACUCUCAACCAGUCCAAGGACUUUGUGGAGAAGCAGCUGCGAUACAGGCUGCGGCAGUGUGUGCAUUAUGGGGCUGUUGAGGAGCUCUACCAUGGGGUCGCGCUCGUUCGGUCUGUCGUCGACUCGGGAGGGUCAAGAGCAGUCGAUGACCUGUCCUUGGUCAACACGAUAAAGGGCUUCGGGAUGAUUGGGGCACUCCUCAACGGGUCACAGGUGACAGCCCUGAAGAGAGUCAUAUCCAAGGCCAACAGGAGGUACAUCCUUCUGACCGACGAAGCUGAUGCUCAGCUCGACGCGGGGCAAACCAGCUACACCAGCGAGGCUGCCCAAGAGUUCGUGACCAGCCUUCACCCUGCCCCCAUCCUCAGCGUCUCCAUCACUGCUACACCGCUGCGCUGCAUGCGUUCUGAGAAGAAAGACGUCCCCGUUGACAACGUGGUCAUAGCUCGAGCGGGCAGCUUGUACCGGGGCCUCGAGCAACUCGAGCGUCUCAGCGACGAUGCUGGGGUCAUCACCUUGACAACCCCGAUUCGCAAGAAGGACCUGAAUGGCCCCCUGAACGACGAUGAGAAACGGUUCCUGGCUGCACUGAAGUUGGGCGAAGGAGGCGCGGGGAAGGCGCUGUACCUCAGCUUCGUCAGCACGAGCAUCAAAGAACACUCCCUGGGCGAGGAGAACAUUGUGACAAGGAGUCACAUCAGGAAAACGUGGGUUGAGGGCGUCCUUGGGGUUCGGUUAGCAGCCGGCACAUACCAUGCGGGGAAUGCGCUCUACGAAAAACCCGGGGCGGAUGGCCACAUGGAGCUGGGACGGGUGUUGCCAGAGGACCUGAUCAAGAUGCUGCUGACGUUCGACACACACAUGGCUAUCGAGUGUUCAGUCAACCACGUGGAUCGGGUCAACAGCUAUGUCGCCAGGGAUGACAACGGUGACGUCACUCACCCAACCGCGAUCAUGGUGCAGCUCUCGCCUCACGAGACACUGUGCUCGAGCACUCAGAUUGAUCUCAACAGGGCUAUUCAGAUCCUCUCUCGAGCCUGCGGCCAUUGGCCGGAUAGGAGGCGCAUCCCCGUGUUGUGCAGCCCCGAGCUCUGGGAGAUGAUCAAUGCUUACAAGCUGGGGAAGCAGUGGACGGAGGACUACGAACGCCAGCCCAACUAUCUCCAGACUCCAGCCUUUACGAGGCUCGACGAGACCACGGUCACGACGAGGGCAACACCUCUUCGCGUCCCCCUCCCCCGCAAGGCUGACGGCACUUUCGUCGACCCUCCCCAAAACUACACCCUCCUGAAGAGUACGAAGAAGCACACAUGGAGGGACAGGGUGAAGUACUUCCGAGACCCGGUCACGAGCCCUGUCCUCCCGGAAGCCCGAGCUGUUGGUGGAGGGCCGCCGGUGGAGGACGAAAGAGACGGGAGCGCCUCGAGCGACGAGGGGGAGGAGGCCGAGGAACCGGUGAAAGUGGAUGUGGGCGAUCGGCCACUGGCGCCCUGGUUGCAGCAGCAGGAUCUGACACUCAAGGAGUUUUUCGAGCAGGAGUUCCCAGACGCCCGGCCCUUCACCAUGUGCACCGAUCCCCCCUAUACGGUGGACCUCGACUUGGUCCUUGAGGAACUUGGGGCGAAGGGGCCCCAACUGCUCAAAGCCCUCGAAAACCACGCCGCUGAGCCAGAGCUGGCGAAAUUUCGCGUCCACAUCGGGGGGCUCCUUAAACUGUCAGCGUCCAUCACCCGGAACAGACCUGUCCGGCACGCCACGUUCGUCACUUCCAGCGGCCCCAAAGGUUACCAGAUCCCCUUCGCCCUGCACAACAAAUUCCUCGAGUUGCGGGUAGUGUUGGAGAUGGAGACGAAGAAGUUUGUAUGCUUGAGGAGCUCGUUCACUCAGGAGGAAAGGCAGAACAUUGUUGAAGCAGGAUACUUUGCAGAUAUCGGGUUUGCAGCUCCCAUGGCAGGGGUUAGUGGGACGAGCUUUGUCGCUCGGAUGAGGUAUGUGCAGCAGCACAGCGACGUGUCAAGGUUCGGGCACAAGCAGCAGCCAACCAAGCGGAAGCUCGCGUUUAAGUAG